UUUCUUCUUCUUCCUCUUUCCAGAUUCGGAAGAAAAACGACGCUUAGGCUUACAGAUUCAACACUUGUUCGUCUCGGAUCGCUCAACUCGGAGCCAAUGAAGGAUGGCGACACCUUACCUUUAAGCAGUUCUUCCGUCGCGGCGACGACGGCGGUUUCAUCGAACGCGAAGAAGGAAAGCGGUUAUUCCGCCCUCUUCGCGAAAGGCCGGUACAAGUUUUGGGCCCUUGCCGCGAUUCUGCUACUCGCUUUCUGGUCAAUGCUUACUGGCACCGUUAAUCUCCGGUGGUCUGCCGGAAACAUUAACCAUUUUACCGACGAUCUGGUCUUUCCGAUCCACGAGGAUCUCGAUGUUCUUGAAAUGGAGGAGAGGGAGAAAGUGGUGAAGCACAUGUGGGAUGUGUAUAACAAUGGCCGUCGUAUCCGAUUACCGAGGUUUUGGCAGGAGGCGUUCGAGGCUGCUUACGAGGAGCUCACGAGUGAUGUUCCUGAUGUCGUAGAAGCUGCCAUCUCGGAGAUCGCCAGGAUGUCUAUUCGCUCCGUUGUCAUAGAUCCGCCUCCGGUGCAUUCAACGAACGUACGGGAAUUGACAAAGACUCUGAAACUUGCGGACAAAGGAAAAAGGAGCCAAAUAUCAAAACGAAGCAGUCGUCGAUUGAAAUAGCUGCGGAGCCUCAUAAGUUUUCCUUCGCCGGAGCUUUAUCAAAGGUAGUGUAGUCGCCGGUCGGCGUGACGUAACCAUACAUAUACCUCAUGUCAGAAAGAUCAAAUCUCAUCCCCGUCCCCAAAAAUAUGUCCAUGAUUAGUGUUAUUUUUUCUUCCACUAGGGGCAUGAAUCAUUUUGCUAUCAUCUCUAAAAACAAAAAUUUUGAGUCACUUUCUUAUCUACGGGCUAUUAUUGAAA